GCCACUCUGGGGUCCUCUCUGUCGCACGAGGAUCGCUCGCAUGCCUCUUUCGUGGCGUCAGUCCGCUUCAGUUUCGUCUCUUUAACAUCUGACAUUAGUUCAACUUCUAACUUCACUUCGGGGAUGGACGUCGACAAGGACACGCUCUGUAGCGCCGGCGCCGCCGCCGCCAGCAAAGACGACGACGCGGAUUCCUUCACGAAGGUGAAGUCGAAGAAGACCCAGAAGCGGAAACGUGGACCAGAUGGAGCGGACAUGGACACGGACGGGCCCGCGGCGACCAAGCGGCCGCAGUUCCCACCGAUCUCGGGCGACAGACUCAGGGGGCCAGACGAGAUGCGUAAAGUGGCCGUCCCAGCCCACAGAUACACGCCGCUGAAGGAAAACUGGCUGAAGAUCUUCACCCCCAUUGUGGAGAACCUGCAGCUGCAAGUGCGAUUCAACCUCAAAACCCGGAACGUGGAAAUCAAAACUUGCAAAGACACACAGGACAUCGCCUCCCUCACGAAAGCAACCGAUUUUGUCAAAGCGUUUGUUCUAGGAUUCCAAGUUGAAGACGCCCUCGCUCUCCUCAGAUUAGAUGAACUUUUCCUAGAAAGCUUUGAUGUCACAGACGUGAAACCUCUGAAGGGAGACCACUUAUCCAGGGCCAUCGGACGAGUGGCGGGAAAGGGAGGCAAAACCAAAUUCACCAUCGAGAACGUGACGAAGACUCGCAUCGUGCUCGCAGAAACAAAAGUUCAUAUAUUAGGGUCUUUCCAGAAUAUCAAGAUGGCCCGGACGGCGAUUUGUAACUUAAUCUUGGGAAGUCCACCUUCAAAAGUCUACGGCAACAUCAGAGUGGUGGCGAGCAGGACCGCGGAGAGAUUCUGAAGCCCGAUUGGUUGCCGUGUGCCUUAUCUCUUCCCCCAUUGGCUGGUGGGAGUUCCCACUUUGAUCCGUCUUGGUUAAGACUGUCGACAUCUCAGGCUCCUCUUUGAACGCCUCAUAUUCACAGCUGUUGUUUUUGGAUCAGUUGGGUCCAAAUAAAGAGAAAGUUCUGAAACAUCCAUGAACAGAACUCAGGUGUCUAAAAAAUAUGACUGUAAAUAAAUAAAAAUCCACUUAAGAUGGGA